CAGGUGUGCUGCCUGCCAGGAGCUAAGAUCCAAGAUGUGGCUGAGAGUGCCAUGUCUUGCCAAGAACACAGGCUGCCAUCCUCUGCUGGUGUUCCAUGUGGAUAUGAAUGAUGCAAUGAGCCACCAUGUGAGCAAAAUCAAGGAGGAUUGUAAAACCAUGGGGAACAAGUGAAGAAUAGUGAGGCCCAAGUUAUCUUUUCCUCUGUCUUGCCCAUCAGAGGAAAGGGGACAGCCAAAAAUAGACAAAUUACAGAAGUUAACUCCUGGACAACAAGACCUUCUUUAAUUUUUGUAAUCUGAUGGAGUGGAAUGGAAGACACCUGUCUCACAAGGGCACUGGUACCUUUGGGAGUAGGCUGGCCAACUUGAUUAAGAGGACUUUAAACUGAAGGAGGUGGGAGGCAGGGUGCGAAAUGGCAAAGCAUGUGCCAUCCUAUUCAUCAGGGAAACAUGUCAGGGCAGAAAAAGCAACAAUGAAUGCUCCUCAGCUGCACACCAAGACAGAAGGCCAAUCAUCCCAAGAGAGUGAGAAUCACCCCAGCUGUGGAGAAUGCUCUUACACCCAUCCAAGGAACCCUGUGUGCUCAAGCCACCUGAUCGGGAGGAGGAAGUGGAUGAGGCCUUCUACAAACAGCUGAGAACUGCCUCAAAAUCACAAUCCCUGGUCCUCAUGGGGGACUUAAUCACCUUGAUAUUUGAUGGAAAAGCUACUCAGCCAAACACAUGCAGUCCAGGAGAUUGCUGCAGUGUGUUGAUGACAACUUCUUGUCAUAGGAGGUUGAGAAGCCAUCAAGGAGAGAUAUGCUGCUGGACCUUGUGCUAGCAAAUAAAGAAGGUCUGUUUGGAGGCAGCCUUGGCUGCAGUGACCUUGAGAUGGUGGAGAUCAAGAGCCUGCAUGGAAGAAGAAGGACACCAAACAGGAUUGUGCCCCUGAUCUUCAGGCAAGCUGACUUUGGCUUCUUCAAAGACGUACUUGGAGGGUUUUCAUGGGCUAGGAUUCUAGAUAGUAGAAAUGCCCAAGAAAAGUGGUUGAACUUGAAGUGCCACUUCAAGAAAAAUCAGGAAAAGGUGGUAAGAGACCUGUGUGGACAAACAAGCUGCUACUGGAACAACUUGAAGAAAGAAGUCUAUAGGAAGAAAGGAGUUUUUGGAAAAAGGACCUGGUUGCUUGGGAAGAUUAUAGCAAUGUUGCCAGAGCAAGCGGGGAGGAAAGUAGGAAGGCUAAAGCCCUUUGGAAAUUAUUUCUGGCAAGGGAUUUAAAGGAACAUAAGAAAGGCUUCUUCAAGUACGUCUGCAGCAAAAAGAAGGUUAGGGAGAAUGUGGGCCCAGUGCUGAAGGAGGGUGCCGGAGGAUGCAGAGAAGGCAGAACUACCAAAUGACUUCUUUCCUUCAGUCUUUACAGCCAAGGCUGGCCUUAGAGUAGCCUAGACCCUGGGAGAUAGUGAGAUAGUCUGGAGAAUGGGAGACCUUCGCUAGAUGGGUGAGGAUGGUGUUAGAGAUCUGUUGGGCACACUAGAUACCCAUAAAUCCAUGAGUACUGAUAAAAUCCACCCACAAGUGCUGAAGAGAGCUGGUUGAUAUUACUGCUAAGCCACUCUCCAUCAUGGAGCACAGAUGAGGUGCUUGAGGACUGGAGGAAGGCCAGUAUCACUCCAGUCUUCAUCAAAAGCAAGAAGGGGAGCACCUGGGAAACUACAGGACAGUCAGCUUUACUUCCAUCCCUGGAAAGGUAAUGGAACAACUCAUCCUCACUGUUGUUAAUAAACAUACGAAGGAAAAGAUGGUUAUCAGGGGGAGUCACCAUGGAUUCACCAAGGGGAAAUCCUAUUUGACCAACCUGAUAGCCUUCUAUGAGUGCAUAACUGUCUGGCUAGAUGAAGGAAGAGCAGUGGAUAUUGGCUGUCUUGACUCCAUCAAGGCCUUUGAUACCUUCUCUCAUAACAUCCUCAUCAAAAACCUCAGGCAGUGUGGGGUGGAUGAGUGGACAGUGAUGUGGAUCAAGAUCUGUCUGAAUUACAAAGUCCAGAGGGUGGUGAUCAAUGGAGCCAAGUCAAGUUGAAGGCCUGUGGUCAGUGGAGUUCCACAGGGAUCAGCUUUGGGGCAAAUCUUGUUCAGUAUCUUCAUCACCAACCUGGAUGAAGGGACAGAGUGUACCCUCAGCAAGUUGGCUGAUGACACCAAACUGGGGGGACUGGCUGAUUCCCCAGAGGCUGUGCUGCCAUUCAGCGGGAUCUCGACCGGCUUGAGAUGGGCAGAGAGGAACCUCAGAAGGUUCAACAAGGACAAGUCUGGGGAGGAACAACCCCAUGCAACAGUACAGGCAGAGAGUGACCUGCUGGAGAGCAGCUCUGCAGAGAGAGACCUGGGAGUCCUGGUUGACAAUAAACUGAACAUGAGCCAGCAAUGUGCCCUCAUGACCAAGAAGGCUGAUGGUAUCCUGGGAUGCAUCAAGAAGAGUGUAGCCAGGAGGUUCUGCUCCGCCUCUGCUCCACCCUUCUGAGGCCUCAUCUGGAGUCCUGUGUCCAGUUCUGUGCUCCACAGCUCAAGAGGGACAGGGAACUGUUGCAGAGAGUCCAGUGCAGGGCCACCAAGAUGAUCAGUGGAAGUGGACUGGAACAUUUUUCUCAAGAAGGAAGACCGUGAGACCUGGAGCUGUUUAGCUGAAGUUAUGUAUCUGUGAAUGUUGAGGAUGAUGUGGAAGCACUGAUUAUCGACCAUGGAGAAAAUGGACUGUGCACACAGAGCUGCGUGUCAAUGAAGCAAAACUCUCAUGUGACUCAACUUGCCUAUGGAAGUGAAGGCUUAUCAAUGCUAGCUGACCGAGUAGUAUCACAAAUGAGCCAUUCUGCAAACAUGCAGCGAAGAAAUGGUCAGAGCCCUGACAACGUGGAUUUUGUGUUUUCUCCUAAUAAAAGGAAACGACUUGCCCCUACUCUAGUGGGACAGAAUGUGAUGAGAACCAGAGAGGGAGACUAUGAAGACAGUGACAGUGUCGUUUAUGAGUAUGAGCCGGACUAUGAAUAUGGGAGUGUUGUAUCUGAAGCCUCCUACACAGAAGCUUCCUAUGCUGGAGAUCAGCAGAAAAUUCUUAUGGAGGUCCUAGGGUACUGCCAGGCCAUGUAUGAUGCCAUUCAGAAAUUGGAUAAGAAAUUUGACCUGCUUCAUCGGAAGGUCUCGGAGAUGCAACAUACUCGUGUAAAGCCACUGUUGCUCAAACCUAAACCAGUUGGAUUUGCGUACAGAAGUUCCAGUCAUUUACCCCAAGGGAAAAUCAGAGUGCAAAAACCCAUGGAAAGGGAAUCAAGUCUUCAUUUCUCUUCACCAGCCCUGGGAAGGCAUAGCCCAGUCAUCAGGGUUGCGUUACAAAACGGCUGCGUUCAGGUCAAUCCCACGGUAAAACAUGUCCAACAGAGUCUUCCGCUUGAAUCGCAGCAGGCUGUUCAUAGGCAGAGCCCACCGCUCCCCACAAUAGUUUCUACACAUUCGUUGCAUUCGGCAUACACAGCAAAUAACAGGAUGCCUGACCUUUCUCCGCAAUCAAAUCUUGUAGCCGGUGUGGUGGAAAGUACUGUCAACAUUGGAUCUUCACCAGUGGCAUCAUCGUCAAUGCCAGCACCACCUGAGACCAGUAUGGGAAAUAAUGCUGUGGUAGUGAACUACAGAAAUCCAUCUGGGAGUGUGAAUAUUAGUAAUGAGUUGCCAUCUUCUUCAGUCUCCAUCCAUCCAAGCUUCGAGUUUCUUGGUGACCCAGUGAGAAAUGUAAAAGUUCUUGGAAACUAUUUGAUGAAAGCUCGACAAAAGACUAAACCAAAGUAUGCAGCGCGCUACUUAGUUCGUGUCUUGUUCCCCAAGGAAACAUUAUUGUGCAGCAUUAUGGGAGUGAGCGCACGAGGGCGCAGAACACUGGAUCCAAACAAAAUUGCUGCAGUAAGAGAAUUUCUUGCAACUAACUUUCCAAACUAUGAUUUGACUGAACAUGGAAAAGACUGGAAAACCUGUAUCACAAAUGUCAAUGCUAUGAUCCGGUGUUUACGCUCUGAAACAAAAAAAAACCCAGAGACAGCUGAAGGAAAAGAGAAGAUGGCCGAUGCUCCAGAUACCUCUCAUUGUGUAGAUUUCAAUAACGAUGCAGAUGGUGAUGUCAGUUCUCAAAACAUUAAUAAAAUGACUAGUUCCACAACUGACACAUUGCAGAAUUCAGGACUGGAUAAGUUUCCAGAAGCUUUCUACACACCUUUGGUCAAGAAAACACAGUCUUUGGAACCUAUGGAACUUCUUGGAAGCCCAUGGCGCAACGUUCAGUUGCCUUUCUCAGUCAUUUAUGUAGCUAAGGGAAAGUCUCGGCCAGAAUUGUCAGCUCGUUACCUAAUUCGUCAUUUGUUCACUGAAGAUGUGCUGGUAAAAAGUAACGUGUAUGGUAAUCUUGAACGGGGUAUGAGGCCCCUGGACUGCAACAGAAUUAAUGCUCUCAGAGACUUUCUUCAAGAGAAUUAUCCAUCCUUUGAUCUAAAGGAGACUGGAUUUGACUGGAAGGCAUGUGUGGCUGCUAUCAACAGCUCAAUCCGCAGUCUCAGGCACGACCAUAAAAAGGCAACAGUUGGAAUUCGCCGGAGAAUCUCGGCACCACCAAUGUUGAGUGCAAAGAGCCCUCCACAGAGCCCCACUUCAGUAAAGCCAUUUGAAAGUGACACUAUCAAUCUCACAGAUUGAAGCUCUCUAACAUCUGCCUCAAAUCUUUAAUUUAGCAGGCUUUUGUAAAUUGUACUUAGCAGCCUGUGACAUUGAGUUGUCGUGUUAUACAGCAGCACUAAAUAGCAUUAUUUCAUGAGACCAAAGUUGACAGAAGACUUGGGAACCGUAUCUCCAUGUAUAAGUGUAGAAAUCACUUCCCCGUUCCCUGUAGCAUUUGCAAUGUGUUCUCCCCUGAAAGCACCUUCCCAUGAUUCAUUGACUCUGAAAGAUUAAUCUGGUUAGAAAGCAUGUACCGUGUAUCAAGUCAGGAAAAGCAGGUGGAAAUGUGGAGAGGAAACAAUACUCCUCCUUGGAGGAAGGCUCAGAGCCAGAUAAAUCAUCUCAUUAUAUGUAAGGAAUUAAAUUUGCUUUGACAAUUGGAUAUUUUAAUCAAAAAUAAGUAAUGCAGAAAGUAAAACCUCUUCUUUUAAACUGUAGCUAACUUUCACUUCUUUUGCCUCCUGUAGCAGUCUUUGUUGUAGGAUAAGGAAAGAGGCAGACAACAAUGUAAGUACAUUUGGUAAUAUUUUCUUUGCUCUAAGUCUACAAAAGCACAAAAAAAGCAUCCAGAACAAACAAUCCAGUGGUUGGUUCUGGUUUUUUUUCUUGAUGAAAAUUGAAGAAGUUCAGGGCCUUGAUCUUCUGUUCAAUGGCAUAUGUCUCAUCUUGUGGUGUGGAUGUCCAUGGGAUGCAAAUCUGCUGCAACUUGCAUCUAGAGGAUUUGGGUCACGAUUCAGAUUUGAGAAACAGUAUUUUUCCAUCAGCUUCAAGUCAUCAGUCCUUCAAGUUAAAACCGAGGACAUGUGCUGUACGAUUGCUACACAAUCAGAGAUGACCAGCAUCACUGGUACACCUUCUCAAGCUCAUAAUCAUAGCUUUUAAUACCCACAUGUGCAAGGCUAGGCAUGUUUGCUUUGCUGUCUGGGUAGGCUGCUGUUGCAGAGACUUGUCAUCCUACCUUUGUUAACUUAGGAUCUUGAAAGACAUGCAGUGAUUAUUCCCAGUGUCACAGAAUGGUUAAGCUUCAAAGUUGACCUCUGAAGGACCACCUGGAACCAUGAUAUUCAGACAGAUUUUUAAUAUCUCCAAGGAUGAAGACUCUACAACCAUUCUGAGCAACCUGUGCAGGGCCUCAGUCACUGUCACAAUAAAAAACUGUUCCCCACUGUUCAGAGGGAAUCUCCUGUGUUUCAAUUUGUGCCCACUGCCUCUGGUCCCAUCACUGGGUACCUGUGAGACAAAAGAGUCCAUUUCUGUCUUUUUGGCUCCAUCCUCUUUGCAGCUUCCCCUCAAGUAUGAGUUUCCCCUUGAGCCUUCUCCACACUCAACAGUUUCAACCCUCUCAGCCUUGGCCCGCACAAGAGGUGCUCUAGGCCCUAGAGGAAGGGGUGGAGUACAGGCUGUUGUCUGUCUCUUGUGGAUCUUCAGUUUCUUUAUUAUUCCUCCAGAAAAAGGUAGAAAAAGGGUCUCCUAUAAUCUGACCUUCUCUGCUCCCCCUCCCUGGGGUGACAUUUAACAUGAUUUGGGUGGAGAGUUGAAUAACAUAGUCAUAUAGGUUUAGCAUGUCCUUCUUUAAGCUCAUUAUCAUAUUCAAAGGUGUUAACUUCAAUAUUCAUUUUACAGAUAAUUAAGCAAAGGUCUUACUCCAGGCAUUGUGACCUUGUUGAAACUGUUUUGAAGCUGUUUGUCUGCUUGUUCCUGUAGUUUAUAGCCAAUACAGGACCAUCCUGCACCAAAAGGCUUCCUUGGUUGUCUCCAGAUCUGUGCAAGAGAUAAGGAAGCACCACCACUUUUAACCCAUUUAUGUGUGAUCCCCACAAGCCCUCAGCACUUACUGGUACCUGGAUUUGUCUCCAGGUGCAGGACUUUGCACUUCCCCUUGUCGGCCUUCAUAGAGUUCCUGGCCACCCAUUUCUCCUGCCUUCUGGAUGGUAGUACAACCCUCUGGUGUAUGACCCAUUCCUGCCAAUGUGGUGUUGUCUGCAAACUUGAUGAGAAUACUCUCUGUCCCAUCAUCCAGAUCAUUAGGGAAGGUCUUAAACAGGAUGAGAUCUGGUGUGGACCCCAGAGGUACAUCACUAGUCCCUGGCCUUCACUUAAGCUUUAUGCUGUUGGUCAUCCUCUGGGCCCGGCCCUUCAGCCAGUUUCCAGUCCACCUCACUGUCUGCUCAUCCAGCCCAUCGGCAGCUUGUCUGUGAGAAGGCUUUCCUCAAGUUAAAGCAGACAAUAUCCACUGCUCUCCUCAUCUACCACGCCAGUCAUUUUACCAUAAAAGUUUCUGAAGUUGGACAAGUGUGACUUCCCCUUGGUGAAGCCGUGCUGUGACUCCUGAUGGUUUUCUCGUCCUUCAUCUACCUGGAAAUGGUUUCCAGUUUGGCUGCUCCAUCACCUUCCCUGAGGUGCAGAAAUGAGGCUGACCAGCCUGUAGUUCUCUGGGUCCUACUCCUUGCCCUCCUUCGCAAUAAGAGUGACAUCAACUUUCAUCCAGUUUUUUAAUACUUCUCACAUUUGCCUUGCCUCAUCAAAGAUUAUGAAGAGUGACAUUGCAAUGACAUCUGCCAGCUCUCAGCACUCAUGGGCACAUCCCAUCGGGCCCCUUGGACUUAAUGUAUGUAAAGUUUGUUUAAGUAUUAUCUGACCUGGUUGUUUCGGACUGAGUGUGUAGUUGUUCCAGCCUUUCCCCCCAGGUUUCUGGGACUCAGAAGGCUGGUCUUGUUAGUGAAGGCUGAGGCAAAUAAGUCAAAAAGUGCCACAGCCUUUUUUGUAUCUGUUGUAGAUCUUGAUUUAGAAUCAAAGAGUUGCCAUCGAAGGUGUUGGCAAAAGUGAUUUUACAAUGAAUUUGUAAAAGCACGACUUAAUAUUAAGUUCGAUGUCAAAGUUCCCUGUACUACUUACUACGUAGAAGAAACAUACAAAGGAAAAUCAAAUUAGGAUAGAUUUUGAAUAGUUUGCACAGAAAUGAGAGGUGCAAAAAGCUAAGGGAGACCCUGUCUUUGAAUUGCAAGGUUGAGAGUGGACCCCCUUGUUUUCUUGAUGGAGCUUAGGGGUGCCUAGGUCUGAUCUUAGUCUCAGACUUGAACAUGGGUUUACAUCUAAUGGGAGAGAUGCAAAAGGGUAAGGAAAACCUCCCUUUGAGUCAUGGGAGUUGUGAAUGACCCCCUUGCUUUCUCCUCACAAAGCAGGCUGAGUAUAUCUGGUUCCAGACUUAGUCCCAGACUUGAUCAACUGUUUAUGUCUAAUGGAAUUAGCUACAUGGAUUUCAUUAGACAUUUAUUCUGCAUGCUAACAGUUGUUUACUGAGGAUUCGUUGUGAAUAAGGGAUAUCACUGCCUUGGGUAGGAAAGGAUCUCUUAGUCUCAGGUAAGGAAUCUCAAAUCUUGAUGUUAAAGAAGUACUUACUGCCCAAGCAUCUGGCAUUGGUUCACUCCAAACUUCUGAACCCCAGAUUUUUCAAAGCAAUGUCUCAGGCAUCAAAAUAUACCAAAAGAAAUCAUUUAAUAGACUGGUACAGCAGCAGAAUCUGCUUGAGCUGGGUCCUUCUGAAGAGAGACCUCAAAUGAAGAAAUCCCUGGGCAAUUAUACCCUUAAAGAGUAUUCACCUGACCCUCAUGGAUUCUUCAUACUGGCUUCAUACACCUGCCACGUGCCCUUUGAUUCAAUUGUUAUUCAGGUGUGAGAUCUUCUGACUUUUAAUUCUGUUCUUGCACUGUCUCCAGUUGCCUUGUCUAAUUGCAGCUGCUGUUGAUACUUGUAGCCUCUUUCUGGUUUGCACUGGCUUUGAAGGACUUAUUUUCCUUAAACAGGUUUAGUAAGUCUAAGUGGAAGUUUACAACUUGAAGCCUAAGGUUUCAGCAACUCUAGCUACAGUAAGCAAAUCAAGCUCAGUAAGUAAAGCUAAGCAAACAGCAUACUGAGUCACACAACGUUGUAACUCUAAACGAUUCAUUCUAUUUUAAAACUUACUUAUUUAAGCUGAAAUGGCUAAUAGCUCUAAACCUCGAGAGGCAUCCCUGCUUGAGGAGAGAGUUGCCUAUUGUGCAGUCCAGUUGCUGUCCAGGGAAUACUCAAAUUGGGCUCAUCCCACAAUUUGUUGUUGGUAAAAGAUUUGGUUGCUCCAAGAAGCAACCUAGAGAGACGUCCUUGCUCAAGGGGAGAUAGCCAUGCAGCCUCACUGCCAAGCAUGGAGACAUUAAAGAAGGCUGACAUAGACUGCCCUAUUCAUGGGAUAAAAUGGUUGGCUCCUAGUGAAAUUGCAUACAAUGGGAGAGAUAUGCACAAGACUCCUUGUAUCUGCAACUUCCUUUGUUUCUUUGUGGGAAAACCCACCUGCUAUUCAUGUAUUAAUCACUGAGCUCUGCUCCUGUGUGAGUUUUCUAGAGGAGUUCUUGGACCAGCUAUGGCUCAGGUCUUUGCAUCCCUUGGAGCUAGUACCAAACUCCUCCUAGUUUUGUUAAGACGGGUCAAGUGCAUCCAUCACAGAUGCUCAGACAUUGUCAUUGCAUUCCUCACAGGUUACUUGUUUUUUCUUCCAGUACCUUGUCCAGUAUUGCCUAACUGGUGAAUGAAAUUGCCUUGCCACUUGCAUUAUGUCUAUGUGUAACCUCACGUGUCAAACUUUUUCACAGAAGAAGCUUCUCAGAAGACUGACACGGGGGACCAAUUUCACCUCUGAAAGUUGAUGUAACUGUGGCUUCCAAAAUUAUGCCUGUGUAAAUAGCAGAACAAGCUUUAACUAAUUGUCCUUUCCAAGGCAAAGGUUUUAUGGUUUUGGAUUUGUUAGCAAUAAGAUAAAAUAGUGUACUUACUUGUUCUCAACUUCUAUUCAUAACAAACCUCAACUAAUAUUCAUAACAAACAGACAAUGUUGUUUAUUAUUAUAUACAGUCUAGGAUCAGCUUUUUUAUUGCAAGUUAGGAUAUACAAUGGCCUUAUCAGAUACGAAAUUAGUAAUUUAGUUUUCCCCUACCACCUUCAUGCAGAAGUCUUCUGUAGAAUUUAAGAAAUAGGAUAAAUUUAUGAUAUUUUUUUACUAGAAAUGUUAUACUACAAAUUUGAUUGUUCUGGUUUACUACUAACAAAUUCUGCUGUUACUGUCCUACACGUUCAUUCUUGUAAAUGCCAAGGACUUUGUUGUGUGUAGAUAUUACUAGUUCCAAACCUUAGAAAAAGCUAAAAAUGCUUAUAUUUUUUCAGUAGUUUUAUGAAACUUUUUCACUGUCUUCACAGAUUUUAAUGGUAGAAUGAUAUAUUUAUUGAAUGACCUGUCUGGCACUGAAAUCUGUUGUGUGGUGCAUACCUAUAGCUUCCAUAUUGAAAAGAGAAUUGAAUAGUUGUAUAAAGGUAGAAAUAGUUUUCGUGUUUCUGUUUCAAAUG